AUGUCCGGUGUUCCUGUCCCUUUCAGCGACAUCGCUAAGCCAGCGAACGAUCUCCUCAACAAGGACUUCUACCACACCACCGCCGCCAACCUCGAGGUCAAGUCCAAAGCUCCCAACGGCGUUACCUUCAACGUCAAGGGAAAAUCUGCCCACGAUGGACCUAUUUCUGGCUCGGUGAGCACAACGAUAUCACAAAAACACUUCAUAAUAUCACAUAUUAACGGCAGGGGCAAGAUUGAAGGAAAAUACUCCGAUAAGGCUGCUGGCCUCACCAUCACAAACACCUGGACCACCGCAAACAGCCUAGACUUCAAGGUCGAGCUAGAGGACAACCUGACCAAGGGUCUCAAGGCCGAGGUCCUGUCCAACUACCUCCCGGCGAAGAGCACCUACGGUGGCAAGCUCAACUUGUUCUACAAGCAGCCCAACAUCCACACCCGCCUGUUCACCGAUCUUUUCAAGGGCCCCACUGCCACCUUCGACGUCACGCUCGGCCAUGAGGGUUUCCUCAUCGGCGCAGAAGGAGGUUACGAUGUCGGCAAGGCCGCCAUCACCCGCUACGCUCUUGCCGCCGGAUACUCGCAGGGCAGCUACGCCGCCGCCGUCACCUCGACGAACAACCUGAGCGUCUUCAGCGCGAGCUACUACCACAAGGUCAACACCGAGGUUGAGGCCGGCGCCAAGGCAACCUGGGACUCCACCGCAGGUAGCAACGUCGGUCUGGAGGUUGCGACCAAGUACAAGCUCGACCCAAGCUCGUUCGCAAAGGCCAAGAUCAACGACCGCGGUAUUGCCGCUCUCGCCUACAACGUCAAGCUCGGCACUGGAGUCACUCUCGGCCUCGGCGCCAGCCUCGACACCCAGAACCUCAACCAAGCCGCUCACAAGGUCGGCGCCUCCUUCACCUUCGAAGGAUAG